CAAACUGUAGUAUGGAGUCAAGCAGCCAUCUGAGAUUGAGCCGUUCACGCUGCGGACUCGGGAGAGCAGAUUCUUUCUGAAAGUGAACUCUGUGCCAUUAGAGCCAAUCGCUAACUAUCAACAUGAAGAAAGUGUCUCUACCAAAAAUGUAAACAAACUGUAGUAUGGAGUCAAGCAUUCAUCUGAGGUGAUUUUUGAAAAUCCCGAGAUGUAAUGAAGAUUCAGUUUUCUUCGAAAUAGAAUUUUAAAAAAUGAAGCUGGCAUUUGUACAGAUGAAAAGAAUAUCUGAAGAAAAAUAAUCACUGUUACGUUUUCAAUUAAACUGUUAGUAGAUUAAUGAUGGAGACUUCUAUCGAAUCGGAUAAAAAAGAUUUGAUUAGUGAUAAGUGCUCUAAAGAAUCUCAUACUGAUGAGAACGUGCAAAUCCUAACUCGCGCGGAUGAUAAAUUUCUCACCUGUGAUAUCUGCAAUAAAGUUUUUCCUAAGAGAUGGUCUUUCAAAAGACAUUUGCGCUCUCAUUCAACUGAAAAACCCUAUUCUUGCAUUGUAUGCAAGAAAAAUUUUUCUUGGAAAGUUCAUUUAAUGCAGCAUAAUCAAAUUCAUUUGAAUGAAAAAUAUACAUGUGUUUUGUGCAACAAAGAAUUUGCUCAAAAAAGUAAUUUAACAAAGCAUUAUCGAACUCAUACAAAUGAAAAACCUUAUGUUUGUGAUGUGUGCAAUAAAAGUUUUUCUCAGAAAAGUUACUUUACCAAGCAUUAUCGAAUUCAUACAAAUGAAAAACCUUAUCCGUGUGAUGUAUGCAAUAAAAGUUUUUCUCAGAAAUGUAAUCUAACUGAGCAUUAUCGAACUCAUACGAAUGAAAAACCUUAUUCUUGUGAUGCAUGUAAUAAAUUUUUUUCUACGAAAAGUGCUUUAAAUAGACAUUUGGUAAUUCACACAAAUGAAAAGCCUUAUUCAUGUGAUGUAUGUACGAAAAGAUUUCCUGAAAGAUAUCUUCUAAAUAUCCAUUAUAAGAUUCACGUAAAAGCCUAUUCUUGUGAUGUAUGCGGCAAGUCUUUUUCUGAGAAACAUUUUUUGAAUGGUCAUUAUCGAACUCAUACAGGCGAAAAACCUUAUUCUUGUGAUGUAUGUAAUAAACAGUUUUCUCAGAUAGGUAAUUUAAAUGUGCAUUAUCGAGCUCAUACAAAGGAUAAACCUUACUCUUGCCAUUUAUGUAGUAGAAAAUUUUCUCGAACUAAUAGUUUAAAUAAGCACCUUCAUACUCAUAUAAAGAAGAAAUCUUUUAAUUAGUAAUGCAUAUAUUUAAGCAUUUUCCAGGAAAAUUCGUCUGAAUAGGCAUUGACGUAUCAAAACAAAUGAAGAAACGUUAUCAAUAUGAUAUGCACUACACUCCUGAAAAUCCGACCUGAUAUGGCGAAAGGACAGACCGGAUAAAAAAAAAGCCGAAUAAGCCGGGAUUCUAUGAAAUCAUUUUUUUACCCACCAAUACCAGAGGACAAAGUUUUUAUAUCAAAACUCACUGUUAUAAUAAGCGGUAUUUAUGAAUAAGCUGUGAAUUUCGUCAUUACC